GCCACAACCCAAAACCAAAACAAAAAUGGACAAAUAGAAAAAAGUUAGAGAGACUAGUCCAACAACAAAAUCACCAAUAACUCUAAUUCAAUAUUCAUGUGUCCUUAAUUCUAAUAUUACUACAAUUUCUCAACAUAUCACAUGAAACCCAGCCCUUCUUCUUCUCCUCCACACCAUUUUUCUCCUUCUUUCUAGCUUUUACACUCAAGUCUCUGCCAACAACAAACGAUUUUCAUAAGUGAUGAGUACAAAUUUGAAGAAGACUGCUUCUAAUGCCCAUGAACAAUCUUUGCCACAUGAAGAACAGCUAAAGAAGAUUGGUGAGGUAAGGGCGGCAAUAAGUCCGAUCCCUGAAAAGCUGUCUAAGUUUUGCUCUGAUGAUUUAAUUUCAAGAUACUUGCGAGCAAGGAAUUGGAAUGUUAAAAAGGCCACAAAGAUGUUGAAAGAUUCUUUGAAAUGGAGAUUAGAAUACAAGCCUGAACAUAUUUGCUGGGAAGAUGUUGCUUGUGAAGCUGAUUCGGGCAAAGUUUACAGAUCAACUUCUGUUGAUAAGGAAGGGAGACCUGUCCUGGUCAUGCGUCCUAGUUGUCAGAAUACAAGGUCUGUAUCAGGACAAAUAAAAUACUUAGUAUAUUGCAUGGAAAAUGCCAUCCUAAACUUACCACCUAAUCAAGAGCAGAUGGUCUGGCUGGUUGAUUUUUGGAAUUUCAAUCUAACAAAUAUUUCAGUCAAAUCAGCAAAAGAAACUGCUCAUGUACUACAAAACCAUUAUCCAGAAAGAUUGGGUGUUGCUGUUUUGUAUAAUCCUCCUAAGUUUUUCGAACAAUUUUACAAGUUAGUCAAACCUUUUUUGGAGCCUAAGACUCGGAAGAAGGUGAAGUUUGUUUAUGCUGAUGACGAAAAUUCCAAGAAGAUCAUGGAGGAACUUUUUGACAUGGACCAGCUUGAAUCUGCAUUUGGGGGGAAUAGUUCAGAAGGUUUUGAUAUUCAAAAGUACGCUCAAAGAAUGAAAGAGGAUGAUGAAAAAAAUCGCUCUUACUGGGAGGAAGGAAAUGAUGCAUCUGUUGCCCCCAGUCGUGAUGGUCUUAUUCAUGAGAGCUCAGAGUCACAUAACAAUGAUCCAACCGAGGAAGAAGACUCGGAAAAUGAUGGUAGGUGUACUCCAUCUUCAUCAACUGCUGAGGAUUCCCAAUCGUCCACUCCAGAUGCUGAUUUGUCAGUGGCUAACAUGAGCCUUGAAGAUCCUGAACAUAUGAAAGCUUGAUAUGAAAGCUAAGAGGCUAAGACUGAGUCCGAUUAAUCUCUUGCAGUAUGCACCUCAAUUUCAGAAGAAUACAACUGGGGAAGAGAGGAUAUGACCGUCGAUGUCAGAACCGGGUGUUGCCACAACCAUCUUGUCAUACCACAAAUGAAGAAUGCAACUAUUCUGAUUUACCCUAUAUGCCAAACUUUUCUUAUGGCUUUUACAUGUAAAAUAAUCCUUUGAAACUGUAUUCAAAUAACAGUGAUUUUUCCUCAGUCAAUAAAGUUCAACAUUGCUCA